GGCGGCAGCAGAGGCGGCAACGUGCCCGCCGCAGUCAGCCCGGCUGCGUCCGACCCGCGCCCGCCCGGCCGCCCGCACCGUGCCGGGGCGCCCUCUCCACUGCGCGCGGUACAAGGAAAUGCUAGAACUAGUGAUCUCACCCAGCCUUACUGUAAACAGCGAUCGUCCGGGUAAACUGAAGCUUAACUGUGCUGAAGCCGAUGUCUGGACUCUGAGUGACAUAGAAGGCAUCACCGCAUCAGCCCCUCCAAGUGCGUCCCAGCUUUUUGCAAGACCUUGCCCACGUGUCCUGUCCAGCCAGCCUCCCACAGCCAUGGCAGCCUACGGCCAGACCCAGUACAGUGCAGGAAUCCAGCAGGCCACCGCCUACACGGCUUACCCACCUUCAGCACAAGCCUAUGGAAUCCCUUCUUACAGCAUCAAGACAGAAGAUAGCUUGAACCAUUCCCCUGGCCAGAGCGGAUUCCUCAGCUACGGCUCCAGCUUCAGCACCCCACCCACUGGACAGAGCCCAUACACCUACCAGAUGCACGGCACAGCAGGGAUCUAUCAAGGAGCAAACGGACUGACCAACGCAGCUGGAUUCGGAAGUGUGCACCAGGACUAUCCCUCCUACCCUGGCUUCCCUCAGAGCCAGUACUCCCAGUAUUACAGCUCGUCCUACAACCCCCCUUACGUCCCGGCCAGCAGCAUCUGCUCUUCUCCCCUCUCCACGUCCACCUACGUCCUCCAGGAGGCAUCUCACAAUGUCCCCAGCCAGAGUUCUGAGUCGCUUGGCGGUGAAUACAGCACACACAAUGGACCUUCUACGCCGGCAAAAGAGGGGGACACAGACAGGCCACACCGGGCCUCUGACGGGAAGCUCCGAGGCCGGUCUAAGCGGAGCAGUGACCCCUCCCCAGCAGGGGACAAUGAGAUUGAGCGUGUGUUCGUGUGGGACUUGGAUGAGACAAUAAUUAUUUUUCACUCCUUACUCACGGGGACUUUUGCCUCCAGAUACGGAAAGGACACCACGACGUCCGUGCGCAUCGGCCUCAUGAUGGAAGAAAUGAUCUUCAACCUCGCAGACACACAUCUGUUCUUCAAUGACCUGGAGGACUGUGACCAGAUCCACGUGGACGAUGUCUCAUCCGAUGACAAUGGGCAAGAUUUAAGCACGUACAAUUUCUCCGCUGAUGGCUUCCACAGUUCGGCCCCGGGAGCCAACCUGUGCCUGGGCUCCGGCGUCCAUGGUGGCGUGGACUGGAUGAGGAAGCUGGCCUUCCGCUACCGGCGGGUGAAGGAGAUGUACAACACCUACAAGAACAACGUUGGCGGCUUGAUAGGAGCUCCCAAAAGAGAGACCUGGCUGCAGCUCAGAGCCGAGCUGGAAGCUCUGACUGACCUCUGGCUGACCCAUUCCCUGAAGGCACUAAACCUCAUCAAUUCCCGGCCCAAUUGUGUCAACGUGCUGGUCACCACCACUCAACUGAUUCCUGCCCUGGCCAAAGUCCUGCUGUAUGGUCUGGGCUCCGUGUUUCCUAUUGAGAACAUCUACAGUGCAACCAAGACAGGGAAGGAGAGCUGCUUCGAGAGGAUAAUGCAGAGAUUCGGCAGGAAAGCUGUCUACAUUGUGAUUGGCGAUGGCGUGGAAGAAGAGCAGGGAGCGAAAAAGCACAACAUGCCUUUCUGGCGGAUAUCCUGCCACGCAGACCUGGAGGCGCUGAGGCACGCCCUGGAGCUGGAGUAUUUAUAGCAGAACCGGCUGCAUCGCCACCUGCCAUCACAGAUGCAUCCCACCCACCCAGACCCCUCAUUUCCUCCGCCUCCCUGCCAGAUGCUGGACACCAGGCUGGGCCCCUCCAGCCAAGAGGACGUGUCUGGUGACCAUGUCAGAAGCUGUCCUUUCAGUCCUGAGAAACAGAGUACCCAGUAAUGGCUUUGGAAUAUUUAACUUUGGGGAAAAGGGCUGGCUUGGAGACCAGACCUUUCUACAAGACUCACAGAACAAAAGCAAGGAACUGCUGACUCGGGGGAGGACUGGCGGUGAGGAGGGGACAAGCUCUUUUCUUUUUUUUCCUUUUUAAUUUAUGGACUAAUUGCAUUACUCUGGUAUUAUGCUCUUGUACCUGUGUUGUUGGUUUUCUUAGUCGUUGGUUUUUGUUUUCUAAGCUGGCAUGUGGGGCAGUGCGCAGUUCUAAUUUAAGCCUCUCUGCCCCAAGUUGUGCUUUGUGGGGGGACAAUCAUUCUUUCAACACAGUGAGGGAGGCGAUUCGGGGCCGUGGGGAGGGCCAUUGCUCAUUUUCGUUUUUAAUGACUUAACCUGAUGUCAUGUGGACAGUGCACGUGCCUUAUGCUGCCAUCUUGUUUUCUAGGAAGAGGGGACCCUGGGAGGAGGCAGUACUUUGUGACGGAAAAAGGCAUUAAUAAAACCACGUUUACAUUUUGAA